AUGGAUAGCGAUGUUAUUACACGUACAAGGAGGUUCCUUCAACAGGAUGUUGUUCUUUCUUUCCUUUCUGGAGGCAUAGCUGGUGCGUUUUCCCGAACAUGUGUCUCGCCAAUGGAAAGGGUGAAAGUUUUGUAUCAGGUCCAAGGAGUUGAUACUAAAUCGUAUAAAGGGGGAGUAUUGAAAAGUAUACUUCAAAUAUGGAAAGAAGAAGGGUAUAGAGGGCUUUUCAGGGGAAAUGGAAUAAAUUGUUUGAGAAUUUUUCCUUACUCAUCUGUUCAGUAUGCCACCUAUCAGGAGAUCAAACCAUACUUAUUAGAGCCAGGUCAGCCAGAAUUGACCACUGGAGCCAAAUUUUUCGCAGGAAACAUUGCAGGACUGGCAUCCGUUACGGCGACUUAUCCCCUGGAUUUAGUCAAGACCCGACUCUCCAUACAAACGGCUUCCUUGGGAAACCUGAAAUCUAAGCUCCACGGACGAACGAAACGGCCACCAGGAAUGUACCAGUCUAUCAAGCACAUUUACUUAAAUGAAGGUGGAGUAAGAUCGCUAUACAGAGGAUUUGUGCCCACAUCUAUUGGUGUUGCUCCGUAUGUCGCUCUCAACUUUACAAUCUACGAAGGAUUAAAAGAGUUGUUACCAGGGUCAUACCAAGUACAUCAUCCUGUAGUUAAACUCACGCUAGGAGCUCUCUCCGGAGGAAUCGCUCAAACAAUAACAUACCCUUUUGAUUUACUUCGACGUCGAUUCCAAGUGCUCACUUUAGGUACAGGCGAAAUGGGAUUCCAGUACAAUUCCACUGGACAUGCCCUCAAGACUAUUGUUGCCCAAGAGGGGUACAAAGGAUUAUACAAAGGAUGGGUCGCCAAUAUGUGGAAAAUUAUGCCAUCAAUGGCUGUUCAGUGGGCUACUUAUGAUCUGAUCAAGGAGUUCAUCACUGGGCUAUAA